AUGUUCUCAAACUGCAGCGAUUGUUGUGCCCAAGGAGGGGACGACAGUCAAAACCAGCAACAACAGCAAUCUGGUCAACCGAACCAAGCCCAGCUAAAUGUUCCCGCUAAUGCCCACCUCCAUGCAACCGCAGAGUCUGUGCGAUCUGUCAUGCUUGAAGAAAGGACAGAAAGGGAAAGGGCAGUUGCUGUUUCAGAGCAAACUGAGCGCCAGUGGGUGGCGAUUACCGCCUACCAGCCAGUUGAUACUGUGGUAAAGACUGUGGAGGUCCCAGUUGUUAGGACGAUCGAAACAUAUGUGCCCAAGGUUGUUAUUGAAGAGAAGAUCGUCGAGGUCCCCAAAUUCGUGCCUGAAUAUGUAGAGAAGAUCGUGGAAGUCCCCGAGGUCAAGGUGGUAGAUAAGAUCGUUGAGGUUCCGCGCUAUGAAUACCAGUACAAGUACUUACCCAAGAUUGAAACCCAAGAAAACAUUAUCCAGCGCCCGAAAUACGAGACCAAAUACGUAGAGAAGAUUGUCGAGGUGCCCCAAGUCAAGGAAGUCGUACGCUAUCAGGAUGUCGAAGAAAUCGAGGAGGUUAUCAGGUAUGUGCCAAAAGGCCAGGUGGCUACAGAGGAAUGGGCAAAGCUGAAGGCAAAGCAUGAGCAGGAAGUUAAAGUGGAAAGAGAGGCUAGAGAGGCCCAGUACAAGGCGGAGCAGGAAUAUCAAGAGCUAAUUGCAGAGGAGCAAGCAGCCUAUGAGGCUAAACGCAUGGGAUUGCCUAGAGGACCAGCCCCUGCAAUGCCUCCAGCUCCACGUUUGGAACAAGUCUUCAAGCCAAAGGUCGUCAAAACCGUUGAAAUCCAGAAACACGUUCCAGUUUCAGUGGAUGUCCCCGUGCCUUAUAUGGUCCCAAAGCCCAUUGUCGUCCCAGUUCAGGUGCCGGUGCUAAAGUUCAGAGACCAUUUCGUCCCCGUUCCUGUUCGGCGUCGCGUGGUUCCUCGCGUCCGGUGGACCAACGAGGUUUAUGAAGUUGAGUGCAUCAAGGAGAAACCCUUCCUUCAGGUUCAGGAUAUCAUUAAGCCAGUACCGUGCGAUGUUGAGAUCAAGGUGCACGAAUUUGUGGAGAAGGCACAGCCAAUUAAUCCUGCUGAGCUCUCUCAAGCAGACGUUCACGCUAUGUGGAUGAGAGUUAACGCCGAUUUGGCGGAGAGGAGGAAGGAGGAGCUCGGCGAUAAAUAUCCAUACGUCCAGCAUCCUGAAGGCACCGUAUUCGGUGAGCCGGGCAGCAAGAGACCAGACGAAAGUGCAGAAGGAGCUGAAGUGAGCGACCCCGAAGCUCGUGAAGGAGUAGAGCCUCUCGCCCUACAUCCAGGACACCCACUGAACAUGACAUACUUGCAGAACGAAUGGAUCAAGAAGGAGACAACUGAAACCCAUGAGAUGUACACACCUGAAUGGUUUGAAGCUCACCAAAAGGCAUUGCACAGCAUGGCGAUGCAGUACCCGACUCAGGUACAGCUAUCAGCUGAACAGGCCGCCAGACUUCAACAAGAUUCUCAUGCCUUUGGCGAGGCACCUUGGGUUGAGGUGGAUGAGCACGGACUGCCAAAGACGAGGGCUCAGCAAGCGGCGAAGCCUGCAUCAUGCUGCCCCGUCUGCUCAGCAGCCUGUGGAGGAAGCAGUGGAGCCUGCUGUACUUGCAGUGGCAACUAA